CGUGGAUUGAGACAAAACAGUGGCUGUGAAAUAAGCGACGGAACCCUUCCCGUGGUAUUCUGAGCGGACUGCAAUAUCUCGCUCUUUCACUUUCCUACUCCCAAAUCUCCACUCCAUCUUCUUCUUCCCUUUGUUAUUCUGAUCCAAUUUGUUGCUUUGCAAUCACUCACCAUGGCCAUGGAUCCGAACCCCAAAAGUUUCCCCAUCCUUUCCUACGUCAUGGCUAGAAUCCCCUCUCUCAGUCCCCGACCGCCGGCCGUCGAAUUCGAUAUCGAACAGCCUGCAUCUCCGCCGUCCCGCCACGCUGCGAAAAAUCCUUCCGAUCUAUCCUCUUCCUCCUCCCAAAUCGUCGAUGACAUGCCCCAUCUAUCGGACCCUAAGGUAUUGGCUUCUAUGACCAGCGCCAUCUCUGAUGUUGCUCAGACCCGAUCCAUCCUCAAAACCCUUGGGGAGAGACCAGAUCAUGAGGCUAUCGAUACUGCCAAGGCUAAGCUCGCUGAUGUAGAAGCCAAUUUGUCUGCCAAGCUCCAGGAAAUCGUGCUUUCGCCUAGGCCGGCAGAUGUGGAGAUGCUUGAGUGGAGGGCGCUUCUUGCUGAGAGAGAGAACGAGUGCCGGCAGGCGGCGGAUAAAGAGAAGCAGCUGUAUAGUGCAAUUGUGCAACUGGAUGAGAUGCACGAGGCGUAUGCGAAGAUGUUAAAGGAAGCGGAGCAAAGGUUGGUGAAGAUUUACGAAUCGGCGGAGAGAGGGCUGCAGGAGGAAAAAUUGGAUCCAGUAAGCGAGGAGACCAAUGAGGAGGUUGCGAGGAUUCUUCAGGAAGCGAAUGAGAAGGAAAUAGAUCGAAUUAAUCUCUCCAGCCGACGCUUGCAGUUCUUGCCUGAAGAAUUUGGACGCAUUCGGGGAUUGGUUGUGCUUGAUAUCUCCAGCAAUCAACUACAGAAUAUCCCGGAUUCAAUAUCUGGCUUAGAAAAUCUUGAGGAGCUGAAUGCCUCAUCCAAUCUCUUGGAGUCACUGCCUGACACGAUUGGCUUAUUGCAAAAGCUGAAACUCCUGAAUGUCUCUGGGAACAUGUUGCAAGCCCUUCCUGACUCAAUAUGCCAUUGCAGGUCUUUAGUGGAGUUAGAUGUGAGCUUCAACGCUCUAACGUACUUGCCAACAAAUAUUGGCCAUGAACUGGUGAAUUUGGAGAAGCUUUCUACCCAGUUGAACAAGAUACGUUCACUGCCAUCUUCUUUUUGUGAUAUGAUCUCUUUGCGUUACCUGGAUGCUCAUUUCAACGAGCUUCAUGGCCUUCCUCAGGCAAUUGGGAAAUUGACACAACUUGAAUAUCUCAACCUAGCCAGUAAUUUUACUGACCUUACUGAACUUCCACACACCUUCGGUGAUUUAUCCAGCCUUAGGGAACUUGAUCUUAGCAAUAACCAGAUUCACGCGCUACCUGAUACAUUCGGCCAUCUUGAGAAUUUAGAGAAACUAAACUUGGAGCAAAAUCCUCUUGUAAUUCCUCCAAUGGAAGUGGUAAAUAGUGGACUGGAUGCUGUGAGGACAUUCAUGUCCAAGAGGUGGCUUGAAAUUCUGGAGGAGGAAGAUAGAAAAAGAACUCUUGAAAUAGACGAACAGGUGCAGACUGGAUGGCUGACGCGUAGUACCACUUGGUUGAAGUCUUACAUUUCUGGGGUUUCAGAGACCGUGUCUGGUAUUGUUGGAUCUCCCAACAGUCCGAAAGACCCUUGUCUCGAACAGCAGCUAUAAUCUGAUGGAGCUCUUUCACCAAUUUUUGCACCCUUUACUCUGCCUGUCAUGGCCUUACUUCCUCUUCCCCCACUGAUUUUGGGUCCUUGAUGAUUGGCCUCCAUCAGGUUCCUUGGAUUCUUUACAUAUAGUGUCGUGAGAACUCAUAACAAACCACAAUUACAAGCAAAUUUUGUUGGAGUUUGAAGCCUGGAUGAGUUCGGUAUUAUGCGUUUUUGUAGUGUUUCUUCAUGUCUAUGGCAAUUGAACAGGUUGGGAAAAUUGCUAUGUUAGUAUUCACUGUAAUAACCAUAUUUUGCCAUCCAGUUUAAUCUGGAUAACUCUCUCAUUCAGCAGAUAAAAAAGAAACUUUCUUCUGCAGGUUCCCUCGACCAAGUAAUUGGAUCACUGGUUAUUCAUUUACCAACAUUAGUAUCA